UCUCAUCCGUCCUGCUGUUCGGAGCUGCAGGCCUCCUCCUCUUCAUCAGCCUGCAGGACCCCACGGAACUCGCCCCCCAGCAGGUGCCAGCUCCAGGGGAAUUCACGGCCAAGGCUGAGCUGACAGGAACCACCCAGCUGAAUCGUGGAUCCUAAUCACUAAGGCGAGGGAACAGAAUCACUAAACAAAACAAGUGCGGUCAGAGCCGUCAGGCGCUCAUCGGCCCGAGACAGGAAGAUGCAGGCUCCGCUCCUCUGCAGAUGCACCCCAGCGUCGCUGCGCUGGGGGUGGGAGCUGCGCUGCGGGAGAUUCAGCCCCUGCAAAGGGAACCAGGUGAUCAGCAUGCCAGGAGCAGCUGACUUUCAACCAAUGGGCUCUGGCUCUGCCCCGCUUCGUGCCCCAUUUGGUGUGCACAUUUGUGGAUUUGCAAGAUGCAUAUGUUUGGCACAUUUUACCGAUGAAUUUUUAGCCCAUUUUACCAAUGAAACAGGUUCAGCAAGGUCAAGGCACUUGUCCAAGGUCACACAGCAGUGGGUGUGUGCGCUUAGUUUUCUCUUUUUUUUUUUUUUUUUUUUUUUGAGAUGGAGCCUUGCUCUGUCACCCAGGCUGGAGUGCAGUGGCACGAUCUCAGCUCACUGCAAUCUCUAACCUCCACUUCCCAGGUUCAAGUGAUUCUCCUGCCUCAGCCUCCAGAGUAGCUGAGAUUACAGGCACCCACCAUCAUGCCUGGCUAAUUUUUGUAUUUUUAGUAGAGACAGGGUUUCACCACGUUGGCCAAGUUCUUGACCUCAGAUGAUCUGCCCGCCUCAGUCUCCCAAAGUGCUAGAAUUACAAGUGUAAGCCACCACGCCUGGCCUGUCUUCUAAUUUUUGAUGUGCUAAGCCUGCAUUAAAAACUACAACUCCACAUGGACCCUCCAGGGUGGUCCUCCGCGUGGUCCACCGAGGGAGGGAGUAAGCCUUUGCUCUGGUCUGAGCCAAAGGUCACUGUGACUGAGUUUGAUCAUCUCAGAGCCUAGGGGAAGAAGCCCCCCACCCAGAGGCCGAAGCUGGAGGAGAGAGGCCAAUACAUGACCAGUCUGAUGCAGCUCUCCGGCGUGUCUGGCCUGACUGCUGCCUCCCCUCGAAGUCCACACUCUGACCACAGAGCUGUCAUCAGGGCCCAGGAACAGCCGGCACCUGUGCUGGGGCAGCCCUGCCACCUGGAACCCCACGUACCUGUCCCGUGUCCUAGGGCAGCAGGUGGCCGUGACUGUGACAGAGGCUGGUCUCCAGGCUGUGCCCUGGGGACCCAGCAGAGAAUGUAAGAAGUUGGAUUUUCCCAUGAACACAGGAAUAAAGUUCAACAUCAGGCCAAGGCAGCCCCACCACGACCUCCCACCAGGCGGCUCCCGGGAUGGUGACUUGAAGGAACCCACAGAGAGGGUCACUCGGGACUUAUCCAGUGGGGCCCCGAGGGGCCGCAACCUGCCAGCGCCUGACCAGCCUCAACCCCCGCUGCAGAGGGGAACCCGUCUGCGGCUCCGCCAGCGCCGUCGCCGUCUGCUCAUCAAGAAAAUGCCAGCUGCGGCGACCAUCCCGGCCAACAGCUCGGACGCGCCCUUCAUCCGGCCGGGACCCGGGACGCUGGAUGGCCGCUGGGUCAGCCUGCACCGGAGCCAGCAGGAGCGCAAGCGGGUGAUGCAGGAGGCCUGCGCCAAGUACCGGGCGAGCAGCAGCCGCCGGGCCGUCACGCCCCGCCACGUGUCCCGUAUCUUCGUGGAGGACCGCCACCGCGUGCUUUACUGCGAGGUGCCCAAGGCCGGCUGCUCCAAUUGGAAGCGGGUGCUCAUGGUGCUGGCCGGCCUGGCCUCGUCCACUGCCGACAUCCAGCACAACACCGUCCACUAUGGCAGCGCUCUCAAGCGCCUGGACACCUUCGACCGCCAGGGUAUCUUGCACCGUCUCAGCACCUACACCAAGAUGCUCUUUGUCCGCGAGCCCUUCGAGAGGCUGGUGUCCGCCUUCCGCGACAAGUUUGAGCACCCCAACAGCUACUAUCACCCGGUCUUCGGCAAGGCCAUCCUGGCCCGGUACCGCGCCAAUGCCUCUCGGGAGGCCCUGCGGACCGGCUCUGGGGUGCGUUUUCCCGAGUUCGUCCAGUACCUGCUGGACGUGCACCGGCCCGUGGGGAUGGACAUUCACUGGGACCAUGUCAGCCGGCUCUGCAGCCCCUGCCUCAUCGACUACGAUUUCGUAGGCAAGUUCGAGAGCAUGGAGGACGAUGCCAACUUCUUCCUGAGCCUCAUCCGCGCGCCGCGGAACCUGACCUUCCCCCGGUUCAAGGACCGGCACUCGCAGGAGGCGCGGACCACAGCGAGGAUCGCCCACCAGUACUUCGCCCAACUCUCGGCCCUGCAACGGCAGCGCACCUACGACUUCUACUACAUGGAUUACCUGAUGUUCAACUAUUCCAAGCCCUUUGCAGAUCUGUACUGAGGGGCGCCACAGCUGGCCGGGUCCGCCCUGCCCCGGUCACUCACCUGUGCUCCCGGGCAUCCUCCUGUCCCUGGCUCCUCAUCCUGGGAGCAACAGGGCUCUGAGGACGUGAGGAGCCAUCGCUGUGGGAGGCAGCUGGCCCUGGGUGGGGGGCAGAGGCACCCAGCCUUGGAUGGGGACCCCAGCCCCUGGCCUGUACCUGUUUCCUCAUUCCUUGGCUGAGGGAGAGGCUGAGAACUGGGCAGACACCCCUGGAGCUCAGCCGACAGUUUCGAUGAGCAGGGAAGUCUGAGGCCCAGAGGACGGGGGCCCCAGCGGUAAGGGAUGUCCCGCACUCCCUUAGCCAUUGCCUUGGACCAAACCACGUGGUUUGCAGCUUUUCUACGAGCCAGGGGGGGAGGUUCCCUUGGAUUAAGGUUCCAAAUAAAGCACAUGGUUUCCAGA